AUGAGGGCGCUAGAGUUUCAAGGCACGUCAGAUUCACUUGCAACUUAUAAAUGGAAGGAGGAUGUGGGGAGCAUUCUAGAGAUGCUUGGCGUUGAUUCAGUUCAGAAGCAAAGGUUGGCAGCUUUCAGCCUUAAGGGCAACGUCGAAGGGUGGUACCGACUUCAGUUCACACCGGAGCAGCGUAUGACAAUCACCUGGGAGGAUUUUAUUUAUUUCUUUGACGAACAAUAUGUAUCAUCCACGACAAAAUCCGGGAAGGAGUUGGAGUUAGCCAGAUUGGAGCAGGGAGACAUGUCUAUAGUCGAUUAUGAGAGCAAGUUUGUAGGACUACACCGAUUUAUGGGCAUGUGGCAAACUGGGGAGCGACAAGCUCAGAUAUUUUUGAUGGGGCUUCACCCAAGCUUACAUCGCUAUUUAGUGUCUCGACAUUUUCAUUCAGUAUGGGAGGUAGCUGAUGCCGCUAUAUCACAGGAGACUGAGACGGCUAUGUUCCAGAAGGGCAAGGAAGGGAAUGCUAGAGAAGGAUAUACUGGAGAUAAGUGCAAGGGCAAGAGACCAUUUUAA